GGUUUCUGUGACACCCUGUAUAUGUUCAACCCGAUCUUCAAAUUAGAAUCAUUCGCUCUUCUGAUUUCGUUGUGCUCAGAGAGACGAGCAUGAAGUGGUUUCUGUUAUUUAUUAUUGGCCUAGGACUGGGUUUAUCCAAGGCCAAUUCCAGGUAUAAUCAUUAUCGCCUACCGUCAGCUCUUCGACCCCAGAAGUAUUACCUGCGCAUCCUAACACAGCUGGAAAAUCAGGAGGAUUUUUACUUUAACGGAUCUGUGAAAAUUCAGAUAGAAGUCCUGGAAAACACCAACAACAUAACGUUGCACUCUAAGAAUCUAAACAUCGAUGAGUCAAAGACUAUUCUUUGGCAAAUUGACGGAGAGCUGAAUUGUAUAUCCUCCACAGAAGUAAACCCCACCCACGACUUUUAUAUUCUGAACACCUGCCAAGAACUUUUGGCUGGCCAAGUUUAUGAGUUGAACUUGUCUUUUUCGGCGAAAUUAAAUGAUCAACUGGAGGGAUACUACCGGAGUUCCUAUGUUGAUCCCGUGGCCAACGAGACAAGAUGGAUCUCCAUUACACAUUUUGAACCAGCUUCGGCACGAUUGGCAUUUCCCUGCUUCGAUGAACCUGGCUAUAAGGCGCCCUUUGUCAUCACACUGGGUUAUCACAAGAAGUUCACUGGCCUCAGCAAUAUGCCCGUGAAGGAAACUAGGCCACAUGAGUCGAUCGCCGAUUACAUAUGGACGGAAUUUCAGGAGUCUUUGCCGAUCUCCACCUACUUAGUGGCCUAUUCCGUGAAUGAUUUCUCCCACAAACCUUCCACCCUACCAAAUGGCGCCCUUUUCCGCACUUGGGCCAGACCCAAUGCUAUCGAUCAGUGUGAUUAUGCCGCAGAGUUUGGACCCAAAGUUCUCCAAUAUUACGAGCAAUUGUUCGGCAUAAAGUUCCCGCUGCCGAAGGUCGAUCAGUUCGCUGUGCCCGACUUUAAUAUUGGAGCAAUGGAAAACUGGGGUUUGGUGACCUAUAGAGAGACUGCACUCCUGUACUCCAGUGAAUUUUCCUCACUAAAGGAUAAGCAAGAACUUUCCAAUAUUGUAGCUCAUGAGUUGGCACAUCAGUGGUUCGGAAAUCUGGUAACCAUGAAGUGGUGGACAGAUCUCUGGCUUAAGGAGGGAGUGGCCACCUAUGUGGCUACCUUGGGCGUGGAGUACAUCCAUCCGGAGUGGCGUUCCAUGGAACUGGAAUCUUUGUCCAACUUGCUGGCCAUUUUCCGAAAGGACGCCUUGGAGAGUAGCCAUCCCAUUUCGAGACCCAUAAAAAUGGUUUCGCAGAUUUCCGAGAGCUUCGACGAAAUCUCAUACGAGAAAGGAUCUUCAGUUUUGCGAAUGAUGCACUUGUUUUUGGGGGAGGAGUCAUUCCGUACCGGACUGAAAUCCUAUCUAGAAAGAUACGCUUAUAAGAAUGCCGAACAGGAUAAUCUUUGGGAGUCACUUACUCAGGCUGCCCACAAAAAUGGUGCUCUGCCAACGAACUACAACAUCAAGACCAUUAUGGACUCGUGGACUCUGCAAACCGGAUAUCCCGUGAUCAAUGUGACCCGUGACUAUACGAAAAGGAAUGCGGAACUCAGUCAGGAACGCUAUCUUUUGAAUACCGAUAUAUCCAGAGCAGGAAAGGGAUGUUGGUGGGUACCACUUAGCUAUACCACGCAGGAGGAGAAGGACUUUAACAACACGUCCCCCAAAGCCUGGAUGGAGUGCAGCCAGAGUGGCCAGAGUCAAACCAAGACAAUCCAGGACCUUCCAGGACCCGAUCAAUGGGUGAUCUUCAACAAUCUUUUAUCGUCGCCCUAUAAGGUCAACUACGAUGCCCAGAACUGGAAGCUUUUAAUCGAAACCUUAAACAGCGGGGAGUUCCACAGCAUUCACGUGAUCAGUAGGGCCCAGCUUAUAGACGAUGUCCUGUAUUUCGCUUGGACAGGAGAGCAGAACUACGAGAUCGCCUUGCAGGUGAUCAAUUACUUGCAGAGAGAGCGAGAGCUUCUUCCCUGGAAAUCGGCCUUCGAGAAUCUAAAGUUAUUGAAUAGAAUUCUGCGACAAACAGCAAACUUUGAGUUCUUCAAGAGCUAUGUCAAACAGCUAAUUACGCCCAUCUACGAGCACCUGAGCGGCAUCAACGACACAUUUAGUUCGAUCCAACAGCAGGAUCAGAUCCUCCUCAAGUCGAUGGUGGCCGAUUGGGCGUGUCAGUACCAGGUGGCAGAUUGUGUGCCCCAGGCAUUGGCCUACUAUCGCAUCUGGAGGUCGGAGGCUAAUCCCGAUGAGAAGAAUCCGGUGCCGAUUAAUGUCCGUAACACCGUUUACUGCACCUCUAUAAAGCAUGGAUCCGAUGAUGAUUGGGAGUUCCUGUGGACGCGUUACAAGAAUUCGAAUGUGGCGGCCGAAAAGCGAACCAUUCUGACGGCUUUGGGUUGUUCGAGGGAGGUUUGGUUGCUGCAGAGGUAUUUGGAGCUGACCUUUGACCCCAAAGAGGAUGUUCGCAAGCAGGACUCGAAGUGGGCCUUCCAAGCGGUGGCCAAAACCGAGGUGGGCUUCCGGCUGGCCAAAAAUUACUUUAUGGAAAAUGUGGAGUUUAUAAAUAACUUCUACCAUCAACUUACCAGAAGCUUGACUCGUCUCCUAGAACCCCUUCAAAAGCAGGUCUUCAAGCGGAAGGACUACAACGAGUUCAAGGAAUUUGUCGUCAAAUCACAGGGGUCCCUUAAGGGUUCGGAGGAGGCGAUUCAACACGCAUUGGAGAUUAUGCUGACCAAUGUGCAAUGGAAGGAGCGAAACUAUGACCGAUUCACCAGUGCCAUUAAAAAACUCCUGUAAACUAUUCAGACCAAUCACUCCUAAAAUAAUGAAGUUUAUA